UUUACAGUACGUGUACUUACAUGUACUUAUAGUGUACUUACAGUGUAUUUAUCUAAGAAAGUUCUGGUAAUACAAGGUAACUACAUGGGGUAGGGUUAGGUUUAUGGGUAGGUUCAGGGUUAGUACCUAAUUAUUACAUAGUUAUUGUAAUUACUAUAAUAAGUACAUAGUAUGUACAUGGAGAACAGGACUGUAAAAUAAAGUGCUACCAAUAAUAUUUUAAUGUUUACUACACUACAUUUAUCUGAUAACUACCGGUAUAGUUUCCAUUUGCUUUACAGAUUACAUUAAACUUCAGAGUCAAAACAGCACAUUUUCCGAUUAAUUUACAUGAAUGACUUAACUGAUUCAGGUCAAUAACAAAUCUGAUAAUUGGCCAGGACAUAAUCAACCAACGCAUACAUGUAAAUAUUAUGUAAUUUACUUACACUUUUGAAACUGAAGUACAUUUACUGUGAUAUCAUAUACUUUCAUCUUCUACUAAAGUCUUUUUCAUGUGGGUAACUAGCUUUUACCAAAGUCAUAUUUUAACAACUUCCCUUUUACUGAAGUGUGUCUUUCAGGUAAUUUAUAAAAAUAAAAAAAUAAAAAAUAUAUAUAUAUAUUUAGCUGCUAUGUUCUUUACUCAGCUACAUUUCAUCAGCUCCAUUGGUUCUGACAAUGUUCCUCAAUAAUUUUAUAUAACAAUAAAAUAUUUGUUUGAAAUGACAAGUCUGUUAAGAUCACCUUUAUAUGUGGAAUUAGCAAAAUAUUAAGAACAUGUCUGACCUAUGUAGUAGUGUUCUACAGCACUACAAAGUACAGUUUAAAAAAUGGCCAUCCAAGUAAAUAAUCACCUCUUUUAAACAGUUCCAAUAAAAUGUUAAUAUUUUAAUCCCCAUGAGGGGAGAAUUUAUAGCAGGAUUUCCUACAGUAUAUACUGCAUUGUUGUAACCUAGGUAUGUCUUAUAAAUUUGCAUGUGAGUGUUAAAUAUGCUUAAUGUAUUAUCAUUCUCGGUUUUCUGCAGGACACACAAGGACAGGAAAAUAGAGAAGCAACAAACUGGAGGUCAGAUGAUUGCAGCACCGAGCAAGUGACCAGAUCUGCUAAUUUGGAAGAUUCUUCAAACACAAAUGUGUGUAACAUCCAUUAUGCCAACCAUUCAUCCCAAUGCUAUGGACACACAAGUGAGAUGCAUCACUCUGGUCUUAAUGUUGAAUCAGAGCCUGAACAGCCUAUUUACAUGCAAACAUUUCCUGAGCACCUACCUGAAUUUGUUGAAGAAGGGACUUUAGAUGACAAUGCGUUAUUUGAUGAAGACUUUUCAAUUGAUGAUGACCUCUCAUUUGAAGACAGUUUUGAGCUUAACCUAGAGGAGGGAACAGAACUCGAAAGCUCUACAAACACUGUAGAUCAUCCACUGUACAGAAAUGCACCAAUUUCUGUUGCAGAGAGUCUUCUCCUCAUAAUGACUUUUGCAAACAGACACAAAAUAACAGGAAAAGCUCUCAGUGAUUUGCUUACAUUAAUAUCUCUGCACUGCCCCUCUGAUACACAGACUGAGUGUCUUAAAAAUUUACACAAAUUUAAACAGUUAUUUGAUGAUCCCUCCUCUCUGCUUUUGCACACAUAUUGUAGCUCAUGCUUCAUGAUUGUUGAGAGUAUAGACACCCAGUGUAAAACCUGUGAAGCCAAUGUGUCGAUGGAGGGGUCAACCUCCUAUUUUAUUGAGGUUCCCAUUGAAGCACAACUGAAGAGAUUGUUUGCUCAGGAAGGUUUUGAAGAAAAACUUAAGUUCAGGUUUAAUAGACAUAAAAAAUGUCAUGACAGUAUUGAAGAAAUAUAUGACGGAAAAACCUAUCAGAAAUUAACUACUUGCAAUGGGCCUCUCAGUGAUUCCAGAAACAUUUCGUUAAUGUGGAACACAGACGGUAUACCUAUUUUUAAGUCUUCAAAGUUUUCUGUUUGGCCUUUUUAUUGUGUCAUAAACGAGUUAAAUUUUGUUGAACGCACGAAACGAGAAAACAUGAUAUUUGCAGGUGUUUGGUUUGGGGAUUCAAAGCCGUCAAUGUUGACAUUCCUUGAACCACUGUGUGGCACUCUGAACAAAAUUGAAAGAGAAGGAAUUUCUCUUCAGUUUGCAGGAGCUCAAGAACCUUUCAUAUGCAAAGCCUUUACAAUUGCAGGAACCUGCGAUUUGCCUGCAAAAGCUUUGGUACUUAAUACUGUUCAAUUCAAUGGACAUUUUGGGUGUCUAAAGUGUGAACAGCCAGGUCAAACAGUGAAGACUGGAGAGAGAGGUCAUGUCCAUGCCUUUCCUUUCCAGAAGACAGAUCCAAAAGGCCCGCCUCGUACUCACAAGGGGUUUGUAGAUUAUGCUAAGAUGGCCUAUGAUUCCAACAGCGUUGUUCGUGGGGUGAAGGGACCUACGUUUCUCAGCAGACUAACAAGCUAUGAUUUGGUCUUGGGCACAGGUAUAGACUACAUGCAUUGUGUACUACUGGGAGUAAUGCGUCUAUUGAUGUUUUUGUGGUUUUCCACAGAGUUCUCUCGAUGUGCAUUCAGUAUGGUCAGAUCAAUCAAAGAAGUUGACAAACGUCUGGAAGAAAUAAGGCCACCAUUUAUGAUUCGAUUCCCUCGUUCUGUGUCUUCUCACAGGAUGUUCUUUAAAGCAUCUGAGUAUCGGUCCAUUUUGCUGUUUUUCGGGCCAGUUGUAUUCCGGGGCAUUCUUGCAGGACUGUACUACAACCAUUUCCUGCUCCUUAGUGAAGCAAUCUUUAUUCUUCUGAUGGAGUCAAUAACCCCUGCUCAAAUAGAUCAUGCUGAGAAACUACUCUGGAAUUUCUGUUCUCAAAUGAGUGGACUCUAUGGUGAGCGAUACAUGACAGCCAAUUUGCACUUACUUGUCCAUUUAGCUGAUAGUGUAAGAGCUCUUGGACCUCUGUGGACACACUCUUGCUUUCACUUUGAAGACAAAAAUGGGUACUUGCUCCGUCUUAUACAUGGAACCCAGAAUAUACCUGCCCAAAUGGUAAAUGCUGUAAAGACUAUACAAUAUCUCCCUAGCAUCACACAAAACAUAAAGCUGAACAUAGUAACUACUGAGUUUUUGGCCAGAAUGACAAAUAGCAAUAGUUAUCAACCAAGUAAUGUUGUCAAUAUUGUGGCCAUGUUAGGGGCAUCAUUCAAUAGAUGUCUUGAAACUGAUGAUAUUUUUCUUCUGGAACAGUUUCUUGGUCAGGCUUUACAUAGUAAUGUGGUCAAGGCAUAUAACAGAGCUCAAAUAGGGAAAAUAAUUUACACUUCCCAGCAGUAUGUCAAAGCCAAAAGACGAAACAAUUACACAGUGUUAUUUUGUGAUGGUGCGCAGAUCAAAUAUGGACAGAUUAAAUUAUUGUGUUCCUACAAAGAACCCAAUGAAGGUCAGAAUGAGAUAAAACUUGCGUUUUUGAAUGAAUUUGCAGUUGCAAGCAUAAAUCUUCUACAAGAUACUUUGACAGGUGGAACGUGUUUCCAUAUUGUUAGCCUCCUGGAAGUUCCUGUGAGAAAGACAGUGGUAGGACUUGAAAGUAUUUUGGCAAAGUUGAUGUUCAUUGAUUUGUCCUCGAUGCCUGGUAUUGUGUUUGCUGCACAUUUCCCUAACAAACUUGAAAGGGACUAAAGAUAUUAUAAAGUCAAAGAUAUGAUCUUAUUUUGAACAAAAGGGCCCAUGAUUUAACUAGUUGAAAAUCCCUACUGAAAAUGUAAAAUAUGUUGAUGGACAACUGUGAUGCCAUCUCAACUGUUUUAUAUGGGCAAAUCUAUUGUCAUACAAAAAGGUCACUUUGGGGCUAACAUGAGAAGAUGCAUACAUCUGAAUAUACAACAUUAAAAUUAUUAAUGAUAUGAGUUUUUGGCAGUUAAACUUUGAUACAUCUGAAAUGUUGAAAUUGUAAUUUCUUUGCUCUCAAGUUACCAAUAAAUUACUGUUUUUAAUUUUGCAAUGUGUUUUGUGUGGUUAAUAAAAUUAUUUUACUGAAUUACAUGCAGUGAAAUAUUUCAAAUCAUUUAUAGAAAAUAAUAUAAAAGAAGAGGGUCUUUGCAGCCUAAAAUAAAAGAUUUACAAUUAAUUUAUUCAUACAGUAAUACAUUAUAUUUAAAAAAUCAUGUGGAUUAAGAUAUCAUAUGAAACAACCAAGACAGUGAUCCAAGUCUUAGAAUUCAAUGAGCACUUGUGGAAAUCUCUUCCUUUGCUCUAUCUGAGUUAAGCAUGAGAUGCAUGAAUUGAAGCUGGGAUAAGAGUUAUAUUGAGUUCAUGGAGAGAACUCUGUCUGAGAUCACAAAGAGACACAGAAGUUGAGAAACUCUGAGCAUUAUAUUAGAGCUUGUUGAGAUCUAUUCUGAAACUUAAAAGGAGACUAAAUUGAGAUUUAGUGCAUCUUAUUGCUCCAGAGAAAAGCCUGAGACACAGGAGAAAUAAACCUUUGUCUCAGUUUGGUGUCAUAUGGAUCUCAAAGUUGUCUAGGAGAAAUAAAUGAAACAUUUUGGAGAUCUCUUUUCAGAUUUUCUUUUCCU